AUGAAUAAAUACGCCCUUGCCACUGAGUACGUUUUUUCUCCUGUUGUCCGUUUCGGGCAAAACAGAGACACCGCAGCAAAACUCUUCAAUCGUAUUCCCACCAACGCAAUUAUUGGAGGCGCAGUAUGCUGCACUGCCUCGAUUCGAUUCGGCUUACGUCGUCUUGGUCGCGAUCCCCCGGCGAUCCACUUAACAAGGGGGCGCCAUAUCUUGCGCCACAUCUUGCGCCACAGCGGAAACGGGCACCCCGAGCUCCAGCACGUUAGCUGUGCCUCUAUCUGA